CUGUACAACUCCAGUGGACGAGAUUUAAGAAGGGCUCUUUUCUCCCUGAAGCAGAUAUUUCAGGAUGACAAGGAUUUGGUGCAUGAAUUUGUAGUGGCUGAAGGUCUGACAUGUUUGAUCAAGGUGGGAGCUGAGGCUGAUCAGAACUAUCAGAACUACAUCCUGAGGGCUUUGGGACAAAUUAUGUUGUAUGUGGACGGGAUGAACGGAGUAAUUAAGCACGAUGAGACCGUUCAGUGGCUGUACACUCUCACGGGGUCAAAGUUCCGCCUGGUGGUGAAGACAGCCCUGAAGCUGCUGCUUGUCUUUGUGGAGUACUCAGAGUCCAAUGCGCCUCUUCUAAUUCAGGCUGUCACUGCUGUUGACACAAAAAGAGGUGUCAAACCCUGGUCAAAUAUCAUGGAAAUCCUGGAAGAAAAAGAUGGGGUUGACACAGAGCUGCUGGUUUAUGCAAUGACUUUAGUCAACAAGACAUUGUCAGGAUUGCCAGACCAAGACACCUUCUAUGAUGUGGUGGACUGCCUGGAGGAGCUGGGCAUCGCAGCUGUGUCCCAGAGGCACCUAAGCAAGAAAGGAACUGACCUGGACUUAGUGGAGCAACUGAACAUUUAUGAGGUGGUGCUCAGGCAUGAGGAUGGUGACGAGACGGUGGAGCUGCCCCCCAGUGGGUGCCGGGACCGCAGGAGGGCCAGCGUGUGUUCCGGUGGCGGUGGCGGGGCCGAGCACCGUGGCCUUGAUUGCAGGAGGAGCCGCAGGCACUCUGUACAGAGCAUCAGGAGUCCCCUGUCGGCUCCCACCAGUCCCAGCUCCCAGUCAGCACCUGGCCUCCAGCCCAGUCAAGUGCCGGAUGUCCGUGAGAAAUACAGCAACUUCAGCAAGAACUCGUACCACUCCUCCAGACCCCCAUCGGGGUCCAGUGUGCCCACCACCCCCACGUCAUCCCUCUCUCCCCCACAGGAGGCCAGGCUGGAAAGGUGA